UGUUAAACUGUUGGUUUAAAUGUGUAUUGUGUUGGAGCAGGGAGACUAUAUAAUGUUGUAGAGUAUCCCUGGUUGGAGGCAGUGGAUACUGGAGGUUCAUUACAUCGAGCGGCUGGGGUUGACAAUUGUCGCAUGUGUGGAGCACACUGGAAACUGAGAGCUGAAUAUCACACGGGGAAGCUGUGUUCAUCUCAUCCUGCACUAGAGAUACAAGAGAGGCGCCAUCUUCCCAAACGUUUGUCCUCGGGGGAGCUCCGUACAGUGUUCCAUCAAUCAGCGGCGUGUGAAUAUGGACCCCAGCUCCAGCACGACCUACACCCUCCCCCCAGCCGACCAGCACGACCCCCUCGAGCCGGAGUUUGAGCCGCCCAACACUAGGGUUUGUGUUGAUCAGCAGAAGUACGAGAGACCGUCAAUAUGGCGGCAACUGUGGGGGAUCCGCAACGUGCUUGUGGUUCUGCUGACUCCCAUCAUCCUGCUGCCGCUCCCCCUAGCUGCUGACGACCCGAAAACGCAAUGUGCCUACGUGGUACUAGUGAUGGCCGUGUUCUGGAUCACGGAGGCAGUACCCAUCGCAGCCACAUCCCUCAUCCCCAUCUUCCUCUUCCCAAUGAUGGGGCUACUUUCAGCCAGGACGGUGUCAGCAACAUACCUCAACGACACCUCAGUGUUAUUUCUCGGAGGCCUCAUUGUGGCAGUUGCCAUAGAAACAUGGGAUCUUCACAAACGGAUAGCACUCGGAGUUUUGAUGCUGGUUGGCUCAGAACCAAGAUGGCUGAUGGCAGGUCUGAUGGCGGUCACGUGGUUCCUGUCCAUGUGGAUCUCCAACACCGCUACCACCGCCAUGAUGAUUCCCAUAGUGCAAGCAGUCUUGCAGCAACUGAGGACUUCCGGUCAUGGCGACCAGAAGCGGUCGCAACUGGAUGUGGGAGAGGGAAACGAUUGCUUCCAAAUGGAGAUGACGCCAACUGGCGAUGACGCAAAGAUGCCCGUCGAUGACGUAACAAAAGUAGACGUCGCCAGUAACGUCACAAAGGGUCAGCCAGUGGGAGCAACACCGGAACAGCACAGCAGAUCGGCCCGGACAAAGGCAGAUCACGAAGAAGAAGCCAAACACCUGCGCAUGUGCAAAGCGAUGUCUUUGAGUAUUUGUUAUGCUGCGAAUAUUGGUGGAAUAGGAAGUCUCACGGGAACUGGUCCAAAUCUCGUGCUGAAGGGACAGUCUGACAUAAUUUUCACUGACAACAACGCCACGUCCCCCAUCACGUUCAGCACGUGGUUGGUGUACGGCGUUCCCCUCUCCAUCAUCGUCCUCGUCAUCCUGUGGAUCUGGAUGCAGAUCUUCUUCCUCAGAUGCAGGGGUUUCUGUGGCUGUUUCUCCGGUGGCGCAAACAACGAUGCCAGCCAGAGAGUUAAAGCUGUCAUACGUGAAGAGUUCCGGAAACUGGGACCCGUCUCAUUCGCUCAGUGGUGCAUUAUAAUCUUCUUCGGAAUUCUCGUGGUGUUAUGGAUCACGCGAGACUUCGGGGAGGUUCCCGGAUGGGGAGAGAUUUUCAGACCAAACUUCGUGUCGGACUCAACACCUGCCAUAUUCAUCGGCUUUCUGCUCUUUGUGUGUCCCGCCAACGUCCCCAAUGUUUUCUGCUUAAGAAAGCCUGAAGAUAUCACUAAACCUAAGAUCCGACCCAUCCUCCGCUGGCAGGAUGUCCAUGAGAAGAUGCCGUGGUCACUCUACCUCAUCCUAGGGGCUGGAUACUCCCUGGCCAGAGCCUCACAGGACUCCGGACUGUCCGAGUGGCUGGGCGGUAAGCUGGCUGUGUUUUCACACCUCGACCCCUACUUGAUGUUGCUCAUCCUCUGCUACAUCGUUGCCUUCGCCACCGAGGUGACCAGCAACACCGCCAUCGCGACAUUGAUGAUGCCAAUCAUGGCACAACUGGCCGUCAACUUGAACGUCAAUCCUCUGUUCUUCAUGUUCCCUACGGCGCUCGCGACGUCUUUCGCCUUCAUGUUGCCAGUAGCAACACCGCCAAAUGCGAUAGUAUUUUCUUAUGGACAAGUGCGAGUAAUCGAUAUGGUGACCUGUGGUUUCCUCAUGAACGUUGUGUCCGUCCCCGUCAUCAUCUUGGCAACAGCGACGUGGGGGAAUGCGUUCUUCAACUUCGACACCCUCCCGCCCGGGUUCCUCCAACUGACCACACCCUUGUCAGUCCUCAAUACGUCCACCCCACUGCCUCUACUGCUGAACGGUACAGGCUGAGGGCGCCAUGGGGACCACUACAUACCUGUCACCCAGCAUAGACCCUUCAGUGCCUUGUGUUUAACGGAAACAUUGUCUGUAUAUAAUACGGGUAGAACAUAAAACCGGAGUUAGCAGACAAACACGGUGGCGUUUCAACGAUUACAAUUAGGACUGGAAAUUGCCAGAGUAAAGUCCCCUUUAACAAACGCUAUGUUGUAUAUCUGAUAUGUACAAUGGGAUUCCUACAAUGGCGCGGGAGGCCGUAGACAGGUGCCCGGGAUGACAGGUGCCCGGGAUGACAGGUGCCCGGGAUGACAAGGGUCCGCGUUUGACAAGCUCCAGCUCUCAACUUAAAGUGUUUCCUUGACAAGGCCUUACCACACUUAUAGAGCUGAGAUGAAAUCCACAAGUCUAAUCAACAUGAUGUAAUCCAUCUGUAGUUCCGUUGUCGGGUAUUUCUCCCUGCUUUGUA